AUGGCUCCUCAAGUUUUUCACACCCAAUCUCUGAUUGCUCCAUCCCACCAUGCACUGUUUCUUCUCUGUGCCAUCCUCAUAUUUCUGUCCUCCAACACAAUAGUAUCCACAUCAGCACAAGCUAGCAACAAAUCCGAGAGUGACCGGCAAGCUCUUCUCUGCUUCAAAUCUGGCAUCUCCAGGGAUCCUGCCGGUGUUCUUGGAUCAUGGCGCAACGACUCACUUCACUUCUGCAGCUGGCAAGGGGUCACCUGCAGCACGGCCACCCCAAUCCGUGUCGUGUCCAUCCAAUUCAGGUCUGCGCAGCUCACAGGAACACUAUCCAGUUGUGUAGCAGCCCUUAGUUCUCUAGUACAGAUGGACCUUCCAAGCAAUCAAUUUUCUGGAAGCAUACCUGAUGAGAUAGCUGAGCUUCAGAGCCUCCAAACCCUGAAUCUUGCGGGCAACAACCUUGCAGGUAACAUCCCUCUGUCAUUAGGUACAGCUGCAUCUCUUAGAUAUGUCAACCUUGCAAACAAUUUUCUUGGCGGAGGUAUCCCUGAUUUCUUAUCAAAUAGUUCAUCACUCCGUGUGAUAAUGCUCUCACGGAACAACUUAGCUGGGGUGAUCCCAGUUAAUUUGUUCAACUCAUCCAAACUUCGCCGUGUUGAUCUUCGGUGGAAUGCUCUCUCCGGGCCUAUCCCACAUUUCCAAAAGAUGGAUGCUCUGCAAUUUCUUCAUCUUGCAGGGAAUUCACUUUCUGGUACUAUACCAGCAUCUUUAGGCAAUGUUUCAUCCUUACGUUACCUCCUGCUAGCAGAAAACGGCUUAUCUGGAUCAAUUCCAGAAACGUUGGCUCGAAUUCCAAACCUAACAAUGCUAGAUCUAAGUUACAAUAGAUUAUCUGGAAGCAUACCUGAAGAGAUAGGUAAGCUUCAGAGCCUCCAAACCCUGAAUCUUACAGUCAACAGGCUUUCAGGUACCAUCCCUGGGGAGAUAGGUGAGCUUCAUAGCCUCCAAACCCUGAAUCUUGCGGGCAACAACCUUGCAGGUAACAUCCCUCUGUCAUUAGGUACAGCUGCAUCUCUUAGAUAUGUCAACCUUGCAAACAAUUUUCUUGGCGGAGGUAUCCCUGAUUUCUUAUCAAAUAGUUCAUCACUCAGUGAGAUAAUCCUCUCACGUAAUAACUUAUCUGGGGUGAUUCCAACUAAUCUGUUCAACUCAUCCAAACUUGUUGCUGUUGACCUCCGGUCGAAUGCUCUCUCCGGGCCUAUCCCACAUUUCCGAAAGAUGGAUGCUCUGCAAUUUCUCGAUCUUACAGAGAAUUCACUUUCUGGUACUGUACCAGCAUCUUUGGGUAAUGUUUCAUCAUUGCGCUCCCUCCUGCUAGCACAAAACAUCUUAAUAGGAUCAAUUCCAGAAACAUUGGCUCGAAUUCCAAACCUAACAGUGCUAGGUCUAAGUUACAAUAGCUUCUCGGGGUAUGUCCCAGCCACAUUGUACAAUCUGUCAUCACUCACAUUCUUUAGCCUACGCAACAACACAUUUAUUGGACAGAUACCUUCUGAUAUUGGCCACUCACUUCCGAACCUUGAAACAUUGGCAAUGGGACUCAACCAAUUUCGUGGGUCGGUCCCAGAUUCUCUGACGAACAUGUCAAAGCUGCAAGCGCUUGAUCUUUCAAGCAACCUGCUGACUGGGGUGGUGCCAUCUCUAGGAUUCUUGUCAGACUUGAGCAUACUGCUUCUAGGAAACAACACACUCGAAGCUGGUGACUGGGCCUUCCUUACCUCUCUGACCAAUUGCAGUCAGUUGUUAAUAUUAUCAGUGGAUGGGAAUAUCCUGAAUGGAAGUUUGCCAAGGACAGUAGGCAGCCUUUCAACAAAGCUUCAGCGGUUAAGCUUUGGUAGAAACCAAAUUUCUGGAAACAUACCCGCAGAGAUAGGCAACCUUGUAGACCUCGCUCUGCUUGACAUGGGUCAGAACAUGCUCUCAGGACAAAUCCCCCCGAGUGUUGGGAACUUGAGCAACUUGUUUAUACUGGAACUAUCGAGGAAUAGAUUAUCAGGCCAGAUUCCAUCAACGGUUGGUAAUCUUCCUCAACUCGGGCAGCUUUAUCUUGAUGACAACAAUUUGUCUGGAAACAUACCAGUAACUAUAGGACAAUGCAAAAGGCUAGCUAUGCUGAACUUAUCAGUCAACCACCUUGAUGGAUCCAUACCAAGAGAACUCCUCAAUAUUUCUUCCCUCUCAUUGGGUUUGGACUUGUCAAACAACAACCUGACUGGGCUUAUACCACAGGAAAUUGGUAACCUGAUUACUCUUGGCCUCCUUGAUGUUUCCAAUAACAAAUUAUCUGGUAGCCUUCCUUCUGAACUUGGCCGGUGUGUUACAUUGUUAUCCCUUCAAAUGGAAAGCAACAUGCUCAGUGGGAGUAUUCCUCAGUCUUUCAGUGCACUGAAGGGCAUACAGCAGAUAGAUCUGUCUGAGAACAAUUUAACUGGUCAAGUUCCACAGUAUUUCGGGAACUUCAGCAGCUUAAAUUAUAUUGAUAUAUCAUACAACAAAUUUGAAGGGCCAGUCCCAACUGGUGGUAUAUUUGGAAACACAACGGCAGUAUCCCUGCAAGGUAACACAGGGCUAUGUGAAACAGCUGCUGCUAUAUUUGGACUGCCCAUUUGCCCCACCACCUCAGCAACAAAAAGGAAGAUCAACACACGGCUGCUGCUGAUAAUAGGUCCACCAGUUACUAUUGCUCUGUUCUCAUUCUUAUGUGUUGCUGUCACUGUUAUGAAGGGGAGCAAAACUCAACCAACUGAAAACUUCAAGGAGACAAUGAAGAGAGUGUCAUAUGGUGACAUUCUUAAAGCGACCAACUGGUUCUCUUUGGUCAACAGGAUCAGUUCAAGUCAUACAGCAUCAGUCUACAUUGGUCGGUUUGAGUUCGAGACAGACCUAGUGGCCAUCAAGGUGUUCCAUCUUAGCGAGCAAGGUUCAAGAAAUGGCUUUUUCACCGAGUGCGAAGUGCUAAAACACACCCGCCACCGCAAUCUGGUUCAAGCUAUCACCAUGUGCUCCACAGUAGAUUUCGAGGGCGAUGAGUUCAAGGCUAUUGUAUACGAGUUCAUGGCAAACGGUAGCCUGGACAUGUGGAUACACCCAAGGGUUCACGGAGGCAGCCCAAGGAGGCUACUGAGCUUGGGUCAGCGGAUACGUAUUGCUGCUGAUGUAGUUUCUGCUCUGGACUAUAUGCACAACCAGCUUACACCUCCUUUGAUUCACUGCGAUUUGAAGCCAGGAAAUGUUCUGUUGGACUACGACAUGACCUCACGCAUCGGUGACUUCGGAUCCGCCAAGUUUCUCUCUUCAGGUAUUGGCGGACCAGAAGGCUUGGUUGGUGUCAGAGGAACGAUCGGAUAUAUUGCACCUGAAUAUGGGAUGGGAUGCAAGAUCUCGACAGGCGGUGAUGUGUAUGGUUUCGGGGUGCUGCUACUGGAGAUGCUCACGGCGAUGCGACCGACGGGCGCGCUAUGCGGCAACACCCUCAGCCUCCACAAGUAUGUCGACCUAGCUUUCCCCGAGAGGAUCAGUGAGGUUCUAGAUCCCGACAUGCCAUUCGAGGAGGAUCCGGCGGCUGCUUCCUUAUGUAUGCAGAAGUACAUCAUACCUCUGGUUGCUUCCUCAACUCAAGUCGGCAAGUUAGGAAUUUGGGGAAAAAGGAAGGCAUCGAAUUCGGCUUUCAUGGAAUUCAGGUUGUCUCUCCACUCGACUCCGCAAGCAAGGAAUCCGAGAAAGGAAAUGCGGAAGGUCCAGAGUGGGGUUGAUCCUGAAGCAUGGAAUAAUAUGAGCCUUGCAUCAGAGAGGAAAGUUCAUAUAGAGUACACACCAUUGUCCGUCGCGAGUAGUAGUUCAGAGACGUAG